CUGAACAAAAGAAAACAUUUUAUUUCACGAAUCUCCACUGCUUAAAAUCGGAAAAAUAAUAUUUUUUAAAACUCCUUAAUAAUGUCUUCGCAUUUUAAUAUGCGUUUUGAACACAAAAAGAAACCGCUACCCAUUAACUUGGCACGUAAAGCCAAGAGGGAGCGGCGUAUACGAAAUGGUGGCAUUGGUAGAAAUCGCAAGAAGAAUAAAAUGAAACGUUUACGCAGAGGAAGGAAACAGGAUUUCGAAUUUAAGGAGAUAGAGACCUUAGCAAAUGCUACUGAAACUCAUUUAAAGGAUAUACUUGAGAAUGAUGAGCAAUUGUCGGAUAUACCGUUUGAUGUUACGCCGGAGGAACUGCAAGGGGAGCUGGCUUUAGCUCAAGGUGGUGGCACCACUAUCUAUAUAGAACGUGAUGGCCUCUCAACAUUAACCGUGGUGCUCCCACAAGAAAAGCCCACAAUUGCUCAAUUGAAAAGAGCCAUAGAGUCGCAAGCACGUGUACAGCAACGAAGAGAGUUCAGAGAACGUUAUGAAGAGCGUUUACGACGUAGAGGUUUAUUAAUUGAGGAGCCCCAGUGCCAAACGAUCAACGAAGAGCGUAAACAUAAACAAGUUAAUAAAUCAAAAACUAACCUAAUGUAUGGAAAGUCUCAAUACGCAACCGGGGAGUUAGUUUGUUCGGCGACACACAACGGACACCAACACCGGCCAAAUGUUAGUUGGCGUUUCCUAUGGCGUGCUUAUGUUUUAUUUAAUAUCGAUACGCAAACAUUUGUCGCUGAUGAAAACGGUCGCAUGUUAUUGCAAGAAUGUGGCAUUGAAAAUGCACAAACGCUAAAGUUUUACAAACGGGACAAAUAUUUCGGAAGACAACGACAGUGAUUAAAU